UUAUUAGUAAUCUUAAGCAUCAUAUUUUCGCUCUCUGUUUGGAUUAGGGUUUUCUUCAACCACCAACAAUGGCGUCGUCGACUUCCAAGAAGGUUACAUUGAGGAGCUCCGACGGAGUGAUUUUCGUGGUGGACGAAGCGGUGGCGCUUAAAUCACAGACUAUCAAGAACAUGAUCGAAGACGACUGCGCCGACGGCGAAAUCCCUACCCCCGGCGUAACCGGUAACACCUUAGCAAAGGUCCUCGAGUUUUGCACCAAGCACGUCGAUGAUAAGGACGAUGAAUUGCCUACUAAAUUUAAAGAUUGGGAUGCCAAUUUCGCCAAAGUUGACCAGAACACCCUCUUUUAUCUCACAUUGGCGGCUAACUUUUUGAAUAUAAAGAGCCUGUUGGGUUUGAUGUGCCAAACGGUGGCGGACAUGAUAAAGGGGAAGUCGCCGGAGGAGAUUCGAAAAACCUUCAACAUAGAGAAUGAUUUCACCCCCGAAGAAGAAGAAGAGAUAAGGAGGGAGAACGCCUGGGCUUUCAAUUAGGGAUUGCAUUGCAUAUUCAAAAUCAAACUGCUGAUAUUUUAAUAGUAAUCUCAUAUUCGGUUUUCGCCUAAAGCUUUGGUUAUUAUUAUUAGGGUAAUUUUCUAGGGUUUUUUUUUAGGUAAUUAGUUGGGUAUUUUGGUUUUUCAAUUUGACAUUGUUUAUUUAUUUAUUU